AUGGGCACAAAUGGACAAGGGCCUGAAGGCCUUUUAAACUUUCUCUCCAAACUUGGACUGGACCAGUUUUAUCCCAACAAGCUGACAUUACGCUCUCUCUUGGAGGUCAACAAAAGCAGCCUGUCUGAUGAAAGUAUUCAAUCAGUGAAAGAAAUACCAUGGAGGUUUCUCAGAAGACUCUUUAAAAUCAAUGCAGAAUGUAGGAACUGUAUACAGCUACCAAACAAUGAUGAUGAGGAAGAAAAUGAUCCACUUGACAUUGACCAGCUUCUUUACAGUCCAGAUGACUCAGAUAAUGAUGUUAACUCUCUUGACCUCAUAGUAGCUCUCUUCCUUUGUGCUGACAGCUUCUUGCAACAGGAAAUGUCUCUCAAAAUGUCCAUGUGUCAGUUUUCUGUCCCACUGCUGUUGCCUCAUGGCAAUAAGAGUCAGUGUGGCCUGAUGCUUUGGGCUCUGAGAGACAUCGUCAAAGAGUGGCGUCCACAUGAUUUGUCUGAAUCAAAAGGUUUUGUUGAAGACAACAUUGUCCAAGCAGAUAUGCCGUUCUAUUCCUUUGUGAGGCUGAAAAACUGCAGUUUAUCAAAGUCCCAGAUUCUGAACCAGGUUCUCAGCAGUGACCAACGGAAUCAAAACAUUUUCAUACACCGAGAUAUGAAAGCAGGAGGAGUUAAAAGAGAAAUAUCCAAUGGACUGGUGGAGGUCUGCUGGUAUCUUCCAUGUGGGAAAGAAAAUGUAGACAUAUUUCCAGAGCCUGUUGUCUUUGGCAAUUUGAGAGGUGACAUUCAUGAGUCAUUCACACAGUUCAAUUUUCUUCUCCAAGUGUCAAAUGUCACCUUUGUGUUCCUGGACAAAGUUGAAGAAAAUGAGCUGAAGAUUCUGACUUCUCUUCAAGAUGUUAAAUCAAAACUCUUCCUCGUAGUUAAUCAAAAGGAGGAGAGUGCUAGAGAGGACAUGAACUCAGUCAAGGCAGCAAGGGAAAGAUUAGAUUUACCAAAGAAUAGUUCAGUAGUCAAAAAAACAGGUGAUAAUGGAGCAAAGUUCUUAAACAAGCUUUGUGCAGCCAUCAGUACAUCGCUUUUACAUGUCAAAGCUUCAACCAGCAUUGUAAAUAUGCUUGACAAUGCCAUUGAAUUUGGUCUGUCUGUGGAUGAAAGCAAAACUGACCAACAAAACAAAGCAGCUAAACAGAUCAUGGAUGGUAUUGAGGUCAGAUCAAUUCCACAAUACAAGAGUCAGCAACUUACUCUACAAGGAGAUAACUGGAAAAUAUUUUCACAACUUGAAAAGGAGGAGUGUAGACUAAAUAAAUCUGGUGACUCAAGACUGGAAGACUAUAAAUCUGAGCUACAAGACAGAAAACUAAAAAUCAGGAAUGAGCAAAAGAAAUACAAACUAUCCAAAGGAAUCGAGACUUUUAUUGAUAAUUUAUCAACAAAUGACAAAGAAAAAAGAGACUUCUUCCUCAAAUGGAUGAAGCUUAAACUUGAUUCUCAUUCAAGAAAAGAACUGUCUGAUCUGCGAAACAAAUUCAAAGAGCAAUGCAAGAAGAAAGAGGUGAAACUCAUAGCAGAGUUAGAUCAAGCUUUGGUGGAGAGCUCUUUAGGUGUAGAACAUUACAUGAGAGAGAUGGGACUGAUCUAUGAGUUUUUGCCAGAACCUCAUCAUGAAAGAUAUCAUCUCCCUUCUCUGGCUGCUGAAAUGCUGUUGGAUGGUUAUCCUUUAGAGCUCUUGGAUGGAGAUGCUUCCAACAUCCCAGAGAGAUGGGUGACAGAUGUGCUGAUGGAGCUUCACAAGAAGGUUGGAGAGAAGAGCAGACUGUUGGUACUGACUGUAUUAGGAGUUCAAAGUUCAGGGAAGUCAACACUCCUCAACACCAUGUUUGGUGUACAGUUUCCUGUCAGCAGUGGCAGAUGUACCAGAGGAGCUUAUAUGCUGUUCCUCAAAGUUGGAGAGGAUUUGAAAAGUGACUUAAAUUCUGACUCCAUAGUUCUCAUUGACACAGAGGGUCUAAAAUCUCCUGAUCUGGCAGAACUAGAGGAGAGUUAUGAGCAUGACAACCAGCUGGCAACCUUUGUAAUCGGCCUCAGUGAUGUCACCAUCGUCAACAUCUCAGUGGAGAACACAACUGAAAUGAAAGAUGUCCUGCAAAUCACAGCCCAUGCAUUCUUGAGAAUGAAGUUAAUUGAUAAAAAACCCAUUUGUCAUUUUGUACAUCAGAAUGUUGCAGCAGUUUCAGCUGAUUCCAAGUGUCUGAGAGAAAGAAAACAUCUGUUGGAUCAACUCAAUGAAAUGACACAAAUUGCAGCUGAAAUGGAAAACCAACCUUCUAUCAAAGCCUUCACUGAUGUACUGGACUAUGACAUAGAUAAAAACAACUGGAACAUCCCAGGACUCUGGCAUGGUACACCUCCAAUGGCUCCAGUGAACACAGGUUACAGUGAAGCUGUAGCUGAUUUCAAGAAACAUCUUCUGGAGACAAUGAAAGAUGAAAGAUCAUCUGAACCCUCACAGAUCCCUGAGUUUCUAGAAUGGAUGAGAAGUCUCUGGAAAGCAGUCAAAUACGAGAACUUCAUCUUCAGUUUCAGAAACACUCUUGUGGCUCAUGCCUAUGACAACCUUUGUAAAGAGUUCAAUGAUUGGGAAUGGGAGUUCAGGAAAGAGAUUCUCUACUGGCAGACAGAAGUAAAGGUAGAAAUUCUCAAUGUUGACAAUGAAUCUGAACCUCAACAUUUAACUGAACUGGUUGAAUCAAGAAAACAGGAAGUUUCAGAAAAAAUAGAAGUCCAGCAAAAAUUAAUGAAGCAGAAGAUUGAGGACUACUAUAAAAGAAAAAAUGUACGUGCACAUCUAAUAGAAAAAUAUAAAACUGACUUCAUCAGCAGCGUCAAUAGUCUUGCUAAAGAAAUCAGAUAUUCAGUUCACAGUAAGCUGGACUGUGUCCUUGACUUAAGAAAACGCUCAAAGGAAAUUCAGGACAUUCAGAGGAAACACAGAGAAAUGAUUGAAGAACAUAUAAGUAAAUUCUUGACUGAUUUCAAGGAGAGGACAGUGUCCAAUAAACAACUCAAAUGUGAGUUUGAGAAGAUGUGGACCAAAGCCACAGAAAAGGUGUCAGGUCUACCUGAACAAAAUAUCUCUGAAAACAUGCUCAACCAGUUGAAAAAGCACUUUGGCAACCGUAAUGUCAGUGAGUAUUUUCAGAACAUUGGAGAUCUACAGCAGAUUGGAAUGAGUCCAUUUAAGGUCAGAUUUGAGCACAUAAAACAUUGGAAAAAGAACUUUUUUAAUGUUUUCAUCAUGAAAAACUUAAAAAGAGAAAUGCAGACAACAGCUGACAAUAUUAUUGAGUUAUGCAAAAAAUUUGUGUCUGAAAUCACACAGACAAACACAGAUUAUGUUGAGUCUUAUACAAAGGAUCUUUUGGACAAAAUAGAUCAAAGCCUAGAACAAAUACCAAAGCACUAUAAACUUAAGUUUGAGGUUGAUCUGAAACUUCAUAUUUGUGGCUUUGCCUCAAGAGAAUUUCUACAAAUGCACAAAAAGUUCUUGCUCAAUGUGAAUCCUGAAACUCAGCUGGAGAAUUAUAAAGACUGGUACCUGUCAGACUUUCUUGAUUUAUACAAACAGAGAGAUCAAAGCCAGAAAAAAGCAGAUUAUUUUGUCAAGCUUUGUCUAAAACCUGCUGUAGAAGACUACAUCAACAGAUCUCUGGGAAUAGACAUCGUGGAUGAAAUUUUGACGAGCUCCCAUUCAGCAGAGUACAGCUCCCGCUCUUAUUUCCAGUACAACAUUCAGAGAGAGUUGCUGCAGAAGGAAGACUUUCAGAGCUUUGUCAAGUACAUUUCCAGAUAUGAAAUAUUUGUCAAAGACUGGAUAUUUCAGCACAUCCUUCAGAAAAUGUCUGAGGAUAAGACUCUGUACAAACUGAUGAACAAAAAUCUUGAGGCCAUACUUCAAAAACUAGAAGCAGCAACAGAACAGGCUUCAAAAGGAGAGGAUGGUGUUCUUCUGCCAGAUAACACAGAAAGCAUCACCAAGUUCAUCAGUAACAUGAGAAAAUAUCUGAUUAAAGACAUCUCAAUCUCAGUGGAGGCUGAAAAAACAACACUGUUUCAAAUCCAAAACACAUGUCGUCCAUUUAUCCACAGUCUGAAGAUCUCAAUAGAAGAGAUGAAAGCUCAGCUUCAGGAGGAAUUCUCCAAAUCUGAAAACAUCACUGAGACUCUGAACAAGCUUCCAAUCAAACCACAGGAUGAGCUUUUCAAGAGAGUGUUUGGUUGUGGAAAACAAUGUCCAUUUUGUAAAGUUCCCUGUGAGGCUGGAGGCAAAGAACACCAGAAACAUCAUGCAGCUGUACAUCGGCCACAAGGUCUUGGUAAAUGCAGAUAUGAAGAAUCUAAUAAGAUGGUAGAUACACUGUGUACAACUGAGGUGUUCAGUGAUCAUAUCUUCAAAAACACAGACACUAAAUGGGAGUGGCAUCCUUUCAGAGAGUACCGCACAUACUAUCCAGACUGGAACAUUCCUCCAGACCCCACCAUAGAGGCAUCUGACUACUGGAAGUACAUCCUGGUAAAGUACAAUGACAGAUUUGCUGAAGAAUUUGAGGCAAAACCAGCUGAUGUUCCAGAGGCCUGGAAGAGAAUCACAAAGGAACAAGCUCUGAAAGGUUUAAAAGAUGCCUUCAGCAUAAAGUGAAUAAUGUUCAAACCUGACAUCUAGAAAUAAACGAUGUUCCAACACAUAGUAUGGCAGAAGGCCAAAGGGACACAUGAUCUGAACUAAUGAUAUCAGCAGAGCAGUCAGUCAAAAGAUCGUGCAAUGCCGUCUUCUGUCAGAACAAUUCAGUACACCAGAAAACUAGAAGUCUUGAAUCUAAUUCAGUUUAAUGAAUAGUGUAACAACUACUUAAUAUUUGUUCUCUGUUUUUAUAUGACUUGUGAUUUAUGGUAACCAGUGACAUCAUGAGAAUUGAAAUGAGAAUUUCCUUCUGAACAACGUAAGAACAUGUUUUCAAUGACAUCCACAGCUCCAUAGUUGUCUGUCUAAGAAUCACUUACUUCCAAACUUUUUUAUCAGCAUAUAAUGCCAGUCAAUGUAUAACAAAUACUGAUAUUUUUGCUACUGAUUGAUUUUAUCAUGUGAUUGAUUGUGUAGUUUUGCUACAUAUAUUUGUUAACUGUUAUUCUUGAAAGUAUGUAGAUAGACUGAGGCAUCCCUCUCGAAUUUUCUUAUUAUUCUCAUUCUUUAGACAGAUAUCGUUUUGUACAAGUAACAAAAAAGCGUCAAUGUUCAAUUUCAGAAUGUUCUUUACAUGUUAGUUUCUCUGUUGUAUUUGGAUGGCAGAUUUUUUGUCAUGCAUAUUAAUAAUCACAUAAUAACAGUACUGAACAUAAUGACUUGUGAUAAAUGCAAUGUUGAUGUUUUUUGAUGAGAUAUACAGGUCCUCUGAGACAGAUGUUUUUUUAAUAUGACAUCUCUGUUAUUUCAUAUUUGAUUUGAUUUAUUUGUGACAUGUAAAGAAUUCUCAUAUUGUGGUGUGUAUUUAAUCCAAGAACAAAACACUGGAAUAUGUUGGUGUUCAGACUUGUUCAUGUUCAAAUAGGGUCUAAACAAAACAACAGCAGGUUACACUGUGACAUUUAAGACACCAAAUCAAAUACAAAUCACUCUUUUCCUUAGUUUCAAGUCAAUACCUUGUAUAGUAAUGUCAGCAAUGACUAAUAAUGAUGAA